UUCUUAACCUACAAAUUCCGUUGUGUGUUGUAUUUCUAUCUAAAUAGUGUUAAUUAUACUAAAAAUUCUUAACUACUAUUGUUUAUGCCCUUCUGCUUAAAUACAUACCUACUUGCAGCAUGGCCGACGAUGACGAAGUUGAUGCUUUAGACGAUUUUAGCCUCUCAAACAGUGUUAUUGUGGACAAUUCGAACCUAAUAUCUCAAAACUCUGAAUUAUUGAAUUGUGACUAUACAAUUCACCCACAGUGGCUUUUAGACCGUCCAAGCACGAACCCAGAUAACUGGUAUGAUGAAAAUGCUGGUCCUCGUAAUCAGAACAAUUCUGACAGUGAUGUUGUCCCUGCUUCAAAUGAAAACUGCAUUACGGAUGAAAGUGGUUGGACAGAAAAAGAAAAGGCCUUACUACAGAGAGGCAUUGAGAUAUUUGGCAGAAGUAGCAUAAGACUAGCGCAAUUUGUAGGUUCUAAAACAGCUGCUGAAGUAAAAUACUACUUUAAAAAUUUUUAUGCUGAAAACCUGGGUGCUUAUCAACAUGUAUGUGCUGAUAGUGUAGAGAACAUAGAGCCGAUUCCUGGUAGAUCGAGUCUUGAUGUACUAAAUAGUAGUCAGAUUCCUACAAGUGUUGAAGAAGUGAUAGCUUCAGUAAGCACUGCUUUUCCGACAGUACGUCAGACUACUAGCACCGAAAGUUCUGGUAACAGACAAACUUCUAGCAGUUCUUCAACAACGUCUAGUGAAAGAAUAGACAGAAAAGAGAAAUACAAAAAACCAGCAAUAAGGAAAAGAAAGGUUCCCAAGAAAAAACUGAAGUUGAAGUUCAAUCUUAAAGAGCCCAUCUUUAAUAAAAAGAAAGUAUCAAAUUUACAUAAACCUGGGACUGAACUUGUUGAAGGGGUUGAGAUUGAAACAGAAUCUAACGUAGAUGCCACCUUCCUCCCAGAUAUUGAUCCAAAAAAGACAGUUGUACUUCCUGUAUGUGAAGGAGAAGAAAUCGUAAAAAUCGAACAUGCUGAAGAUGAUUCUACAGAUAUGAGCAUUGAUAUUGAAGACAUAGAUUACACCUCAUCAGAUGAACCAAAAGCCACCAUUAAGAAACCAGAGGUUUCAGAGGAAUCUCACGAAGUGCCUACCAAUUCUAGUGAAAGCACACCUGAAAAAGAACUGAUAAACAGAUCUCAAGUUAGUGAAGAAGUUGCCAAGCAAUUGGACAGCAUGGAAGUACCAUCGGAAGAAGUAGUUGUAAAUGAACUCGAGAUCAGUGAUUUGGAAAAGUACGUGCAUUCAGAAUUUUUUGAGGGACGACCUACUAAAACUCCUGAAAGAUAUUUGAAGAUCAGAAAUUAUAUAAUAGAAGUGUGGCACCUAUCUAAACCAAAUUACGUUUUUAAGACUGCCGUACGAAGUGGGUUGAAGCAGUGUGGUGAUGUAAGAGCAAUUGGAAGAAUACAUCACUUUUUAGAACAAACUGGUGUAAUCAAUUUUGGCUGUGAAGAUACUAAAUACGAACGUCCCUUAAGCAAGUCACUCCAGUUCUCUACUAGUUUAGCAAGCGCAAGUAAACGCACCAGAUUAGAUGAACCAGUUAAACUGGGGAGCAGAAAGAGGUUUAAAAGGAAAUUUGAUAACGAUGGAGAAGGUGGAUGCACUAUGGUACACGGAGAAAAAGGAGAAAUUAUAGAUACAACAAUCGUAAAUAAAGAGCCGGCAAAACCGAGGUCGUAUAUAAAGAAACCUUCAGUGAGGCUUAUUUAUUGUCGGCCAUUUUCUACAGAAAAACCACAAGAAUUCACAGUUAAACUCGAUCUUUCAACUCUAUUGCUAUUGGACCUGCACUCUCAUAUGUUCCUAACAGAAGUAAUGGGUUUAGUUGGAGGUUACUGGGAUCCGUCUGAGAAAAACCUGAAAAUUUGUUGUUACGAGCCAUGUAAAAAUAUGGCAUCUUCCCUUACUCACUGUGAUAUGUGCCCCAUUUCUCAAGCUAAGGCUGCUGACCGAAUACACGCAAGAAAUAUGCGGAUAUUAGGUUGGUUUCAUUCCCAUCCAACUUUUGCUCCAGAACCGUCACAGCAAGAUAUGGAUACCCAACAGUUUGUCCAGCAAUGGAUAGGCUAUGGGAAACCUUGUAUUGGGGUAAUAAUGUCUCCUUUUAGCGGAAAUGGGGCCUUGAUUUCCUCACCUUUUAGGUGUUGGAUGGUUGAUAAAAAGCCUAAUUUUGAAGAUCAAUAUGUUCCAUAUAGGUUUGAUGUUGAUGUCACGACUGACAAUUUUAAUCUGACGAGUUUCUUAGGCGCUUCGGAAGAUAUAUUUUACCUAGCGGAAGUACAUGAAAAUAACAAACGUUUAAAUUUUAGUUCACCUUAUUUUAUGGACCGCAAAAUAACACACCUAGAGAAGUUUUUAUCCAGUGUGAACAUGCAUAUUGCAAAAGCGGGCACCAUAAACAGGUCCAGUUGUGAUGAAAUCACCGAGGCUAUUAAGAAUUUAUUAAAAUAAUAUUUAGAAAUCGAUUAAUUGAUUUACUUGAUUGUGUGAUCAUCUUACGUUAUAUUUUUAUUAGUAUUACAUCAAUUCUUAUCAUCCUGAAAAAUACAAAUAUAAUUUUAAUUUAUUAAAA